CAGAACUGCAGGAUUUUUCCCAUGUUCUCCCGAACAGCCCUUUUUUUGUUGAAGUGUUCAAAUAAUGAAUCCCAAUUUUUUUUCUCUUCCUCUCUUUUUCUGGGAGACCCAUGUUGUGUGUGUUCAGUGGAGAUGGAGCUCACUCGAUCGCAUGCAGAGGCCAGAAACACAUGGAGCUGAGUAACUGCCUUAAAGGGACCAAGGUGCUGAAAUGGAACUAAAAUGUUUGAUAACUCUGCUUGUAUGUAAGACCCUUUUCGUUAAAGCCCAGUUCAAUGGCUACAACUGCGAUGCUAACCUACACAGCAGAUUCCCCGCGGAGCGCGAUAUCACCGUGAGCUGCGGUGUGCAGUCCAUCACGCUCAAGGUGAACUUCUGCCCCGUACUCUUUUCCGGGUACGUAGACACCGACCUGGCGCUCAACGGCCGGCACGGGGACUCGCAGUGCCGCGGUGUCCUGAACAACAACUCCUUCCCCACCGCGAUCCUCUUCAGCAUCAGCCUCAGCACGAUGGAGACGUGCGGUACCUCCCUGUCGGUGUCCACAUCUCAGGGGGCCAACGCCUAUGGGAACCUGUCGCUGGUGCAGAUUGGAAACGUAUCCGGUUACAUCGAUACCCCGGACCCUCCCACCAUCAUAAGCUACCUCCCCGGCCUGCUGUACAAAUUCAGCUGCAGCUACCCCCUGGAGUACCUGGUGAACAAUACCCAGCUUGCCUCCUCAGCGGCAGCGAUAUCAGUGAAGGACAGCAACGGCACCUUUAUAAGCACACUGAAUUUGCUUCUUUAUGGCGACUCCACCUACGCCUCUCAGCUGUCUGUUCCUGUGACAGGUCUCCCUUUAAAGACCCGGGUUUUCGCGGCAGUGAAAGCCAGCAACCUGGACAAGAGAUGGAACGUGCUUAUGGAUUACUGUUACACCACCCCUUCUGGGAACCCCAGCGAUGAACUGCGCUAUGACCUUUUCUUCAGCUGCUACAAAGACCCGCAGACGACGGUCGUCGAAAACGCCAAGAGCCAGACGGGCCGCUUCUCCUUCGAGGUGUUCCGCUUCGUCAAGCACAAGAACCAGAAGAUGUCCGCCGUCUUCCUGCACUGCGUCACCAAGCUGUGCCGCGCCGACGACUGCCCCCUGCUGAUGCCCAUCUGUGGCAGUCGGAAGAAACGCGAGGCGUCGGACUCCAAAAGCCAAUCCAGUGCCAGCUCUGGAAACGCAGUGGUCACGGCUGGGCCCAUCAUCACCAGGAGUGAAGAAACCUCGAGCAACAAUUCACAGCUAGUGUCGUUAGACAGCCAGGCCUACGCCCUGGACGCGGUGAGCAGCGCGCUGGUCUGUGGGGUGCUCACGCUGGGAGCCCUGGCGCUCUGCCUCUUCGUCUUCUCCGUCGCUCUGCUCAAGCUGAGGACGCCCAGCCUCGCCGCCCUCACGGAGGUCACCGGCCCGGGCUUCAAAUGACCCGUCGUUUCCCAGCGGCCUGGCGCGCGCGUCCGCACUUUUCUGUUUCGUGAAGCCUUGUGACAGAAUGAAGUUAGAGGGCGUGUCAUGUGGUUCAGAACCACGCUGUCAUUACAUCCCAGAAGAACCGGUGCAGCCAAGGUUUCCCACAAAACAAUGCAGACGUAAAAUGGAUUCCGCGGGUAGAUGCAAUUUCGAGUCUUGUCGUAAUAAGGAUCAUAUCAUACUAUAUGGAUAGUCUCUGUGUUGUAAUUUUUAUGUUGUGAGCCUAUUAUUGCCGAGGGUCUAACCCAAGGACGGAACAGAAUUCUUCACUGCAUUUUAUGCUGCUGUUUUCACCGCUAGUAUCAAUAUUUUACAUUUUGCAACCCAGGCGAGCAGGUAAGAUGCAGCAUAAAAGUAAUACCCCAGAUAUACCCCAGGUCUGUCUUUUGCAGGGUAUACAGAGAGAAAACAAAAUUAGACCUCAGCUGAAUUGAUGUAAUAUUCAAUUUUGUAUAUCUUUCACUGCUGUACGUCCAUUGGAGUACACUACUAUGUAUGCAUAUCUGGACCUACUGUAGCAUUUACUGUAUCACUUAUGUAUAUAUUUAUCAUUAUUUUUUUUAGCAUGCAUAUCUUUAUUUUCAGUGGCUAUUUUUCAUUGUGGGAGAUGUUGUUUAUGCUAUGCAAUCACCAUUUUAGUGAUUACAAUGUGUAUUAUACUUACAAUGUUUAUUUUGGUUAUUGCUGUUUGCAAUGUGUUAACUGUAGUGUUUAAUUUGGUCAUAAGUGUGCAUUUAUUAUGUCAGAAGGCUGAGUGAUUAAAUUGUUUGUAUUGUUUUGAUAGACAUCACAAGACUACAGCUAUAAAUCUAUAAGAAGCAAAGUCUGAUUGUCAAAAGACGCAUGCAAAUUCAGGUGAAACUGUCGUCAGCUUACAAUAUGCUUCAGAUCCAAGGGCCGUA